GGCCAGCGCGGCGGCGGCGGCGGCGGCAGCAGCAGGAGCAGCCCCGGCUGCGGGUCGCGACGGCGGCGGGGCGCCCCCUCCCCCGUGCCGGGGCGCGGCGGAGGGAUGUGGGGCUUUGCGGGAGGAAGGCUUUUUGGCAUCUUCUCGGCCCCAGUGCUGGUGGCAGUGGUGUGCUGCGCCCAGAGCGUGAACGAUCCUGGAAACAUGUCCUUUGUGAAGGAGACGGUAGACAAGCUGUUGAAAGGCUACGACAUUCGCCUAAGACCCGACUUCGGGGGUCCCCCAGUCUGCGUGGGGAUGAACAUCGACAUCGCCAGCAUAGACAUGGUUUCCGAAGUCAACAUGGAUUAUACCUUAACUAUGUAUUUUCAACAAUAUUGGAGAGAUAAAAGGCUCGCCUAUUCUGGGAUCCCUCUCAACCUCACGCUUGACAAUCGAGUGGCUGACCAGCUGUGGGUGCCUGACACGUAUUUCUUAAAUGACAAGAAGUCAUUUGUGCAUGGAGUGACGGUGAAAAACCGCAUGAUCCGUCUUCACCCGGACGGGACGGUGCUGUACGGGCUCAGAAUCACCACAACUGCAGCAUGCAUGAUGGACCUGAGAAGAUACCCCUUGGAUGAACAGAACUGCACCCUGGAAAUUGAAAGCUAUGGCUACACCACGGAUGACAUUGAAUUUUAUUGGCGUGGUGGUGACAAGGCUGUCACUGGUGUGGAGAGGAUCGAGCUCCCUCAGUUCUCUAUCGUGGAGCAUCGUCUGGUCUCAAGGAAUGUUGUUUUUGCCACAGGUGCCUACCCUCGGCUCUCACUGAGCUUUCGGUUGAAGAGAAACAUUGGAUACUUCAUUCUGCAGACUUACAUGCCCUCUAUACUAAUCACGAUUCUCUCGUGGGUGUCCUUCUGGAUCAAUUAUGAUGCAUCUGCAGCUAGAGUUGCCCUUGGGAUCACGACCGUGCUGACAAUGACCACCAUCAACACACACCUGCGGGAGACGUUGCCCAAAAUCCCCUACGUCAAAGCCAUUGACAUGUACCUCAUGGGCUGCUUUGUCUUUGUGUUCCUGGCCCUUCUGGAGUAUGCCUUUGUCAACUAUAUUUUCUUUGGAAGAGGCCCUCAAAGGCAGAAGAAGCUUGCUGAGAAGACAGCCAAGGCGAAGAACGACCGUUCAAAGACUGAAAGCAACCGGGUGGAUGCUCACGGAAAUAUUCUGUUAACGCCUCUGGAGGUUCACAAUGAAAUGAAUGAGGUCGCCGGCAGCGUUGGUGACACCAGGAAUUCAGCAAUAUCCUUUGACAACUCAGGAAUCCAGUACAGGAAACAGAGCAUGCCUAGGGAAGGGCAUGGGCGACACCUGGGGGACAGAGGCAUCCCGCACAAGAAGACCCACCUAAGGAGGAGAUCUUCGCAGCUCAAAAUUAAAAUCCCUGAUCUAACCGAUGUGAAUGCCAUAGACAGAUGGUCCAGGAUCGUAUUUCCAUUCACUUUUUCUCUUUUCAACUUAGUUUACUGGCUGUACUAUGUUAACUGAGUGACUGUACUUGAUUUUUCAGAGACUUCAUUUAACACUGAGUGAAAUAUUACUCUGCCUGUCAAGUUUUUAUACCUGUGUACACACACAGACACACACACAUGCAGACACACACAUAUAUACAUACGCAAUUGUAUAUAUAUGUGAACUUUCUCAGCAUAUAUAUAAAAUACACGUGUAUAUGAGGAUGUAUGUGUAUAUGUUUAUACACACAGGUGUAAGGACCCAUGUGUAUAUAAAACAAAUACACAUACAUGUAUACAUUUUGCAGCUAUGGACAAUUUAACACAGGAUGCAUAUUAAAGAAAGUCAUAGUUUUUUUCUUUUUUAAUUGAAAGGGACAAGCAUCGUCUAAAUAUUAUGCCUUGAGAAUGAGGGCGUGAAACACAAUAUCAUCCCAAAAUGUGUCUUUUAUUAUCAUAAGUUAGAUGUUUUAGUUUAAAAAUCAGAAAGAAGCUCUUAAUUCAUUUUUGAAAAUUCAUGCACUGAUAUUGCUAGUUUAAAACAAGUCACACACUUCAUAUCCUCUCUUUCAGUUUACUGAGUGAAGGCUUUCUGACUUUUUUGGCAAUGGGGUUUACUUUCAUCAGACAGACUUUUUCUGUACUGGGUUAGUGGAAAAGGUGAGUUGCUGGUGGGCGCUCACCUGUUGUCUUAAAGUUAGGUAGAUCCCACGUUGAUGUCUGAAUGUUCAUCUUUUGAACACCCAUUGAGAAUGGAUGCCAUCUCAUUGUAAGUACCCUGAUGUACGGUGUAUUUAUUUGUUCACUAGGGGUGGAUCCAGCUUACCUGUCAUGUGGGAACACAGUGGCACAUUUUGGCAAUGUUUAGUUGACAUUUCAGUCAUUGACAAUGUGCUCCGCAUCUUGGAUGGAUUUUUUAGGCCUGAUAUCUAACAGAAAGCGUCUCAGGUUCUUUGUUACUCUAAGGUAAAACCUCGUAGGAUGAUUUUCCCCCUGGUCUUUAAGUUAUCAGUCAUCCUUAUAACAUUGUAUGUUAAUAUGAAAUAUAUUUGCAUAAUAUGCAUAUAUAUGUAUAUUUAUCAAGAUUCUGUUCCUUAUGCUUUCUCUCACAGCAGCAUGCGAUCUACUUUUCUUUAUGUGAUGUAACUACUUUCUGUUAUGUAGAAUUAAGACUGAAGCGAAAACACUUCUACUGUUCAAUUUCAGACCAAGAAACAUCCUCAUGCCUUUAUUUCUGUAUCUGACACAUGUCAUAAGCACAUCCAAUUGCUCCUAGACUAACGCUGCAGGACACGACCAGUACCCACCACACAGCCACUGACCCGUGACCGUUCUCUUAAGGCGAAGGAGAGCAAUCCUACAACCCACACAGUCACUUUGGUUCCUUCUGAUCCACAGCCUCAUCAGUAUUUGGACUUUUUAAAGCUCGUAGAAACAAGACAAGGUGCACCGGUUUCAUAAACGCAACCUUAACUUACUAUUUAGAUGAGAUCUUUCUAAAGAAAAAAAAGAGAUGAUAUAUUUUUUGUAAACAAUAUUUCUAUCACAGGCAUCCAUAAACUGAAAUGAUUACAGUUGUGCAAAUAGAUGUCACAGUGAAGUUAAGCAUUUGGAGAAAAAAAUAAGUAAAAUAUUCAGGAAAGAACUGCUAAAUUAAUACUUUACCCCAGUAAUGCCACAUCUGCCUCACCCUCUCUGUUCUGUCUGAAACCAACGACCAGAGUCUCAUCCUCACCACUGUUCUCCAGGUGGACAGGAUGUCAGUUUCCCUGGGGAGGUACUCGGUGUUGGCUACCACCAUCAGUUGCGACCACUCGAUUUUCCUUUGACGGCCAUCACAACCUGUAAUUUGGGGGAGUCUGUAACAGUUCAAAACCCACCAUCAGGCAAGACAUAAGCCACAUAGUCGCAUGCUAGGAGUGACGACUGACUUUAUUACCCUGGCCCCUCCUUCAUGACUUUCUUCAACGUUGUCUCCAAAACGCUGCUCUCUGACUUUAUUUUCGUCUGGAGACUAGCCAAGGACUUCUUGGUCUUUGGCUUUUCUCUGACAUUUUUUUUUUUUUAUCAUGGGUAACAAUGGGGGAUCCUAAAAGUUCAAGAGAUUGGGAAAAACCUUGUAAGUGGCCUUAUCAUUGUUAACAUGUAAAAAGGAAAAAACAAAAAAAGACUUUAUGAAGACCUUAUCCCUUUCAAUACUUCAGGUAUACUUUUCUGUAUCUAGUGAUUCAAGGGAUGAGCCCCACAUGCAGAAGAGGGACCCCAAAAUGCAAAUGAACAUGGGCAAAAGCAGUUGAUGAUUCAUUUAAAUGUACAAUUUAUACUAUUCAGAACUGUGACAUUAAUUCUCUCUGGGAGAAAAGUGAUUCAAAACCUUUUUGAUGCAUAGUUGAGGUAUCAAAGGCAGAGACUCCGUGGAGCUCAGAAGAGCUGCAGUCCCCAAGGUUUUCUGGAUAUAAAUUUGCAUGGAAUAGUCAUAAUAGCUUUUGAGCUUUUUAUAUGCAUUUGGCACCAAGACUGGGAUCCACAACUUUGUAGACACUGCGAUGAAGUUAACAUAAUAGCUAUACUAUAAAUAGUGUUUGUAACUACACACACACACAUGCACACACACACAAAUACAUACAUAUAUUCUGUAAAAAAAAAAAAACACAACUUUUUAAGAUCCUUGGGUAUGUGUUUGCUUUACUUCAUUUUGGAAGAAAAUUACUUUUCUUCUAAUGAAAUUAUUUUAUAGCUUCUCCAUUUUUAAUAGCAUUGCAAGAAAUAUUGAGAAGCAGAACUCUGUACUGACAGACGGGAAUUGAACUGGGUUCUCUGUUCUGUUAAGUGACCUCUCAUUACUCCAUAGUAGUUACCGAAGCCAGUGAGUGAGCCGUGUUGAUGAAUUCUGAACCCAGACCUCUGAUAUUUUUGGGAGGUGGGCUACUACCCACAUCCAGACCUUUGAGUAAGGAGAGAAUAGUUGAAUUUGGGAUCUAAUGCUCUUUCUUUCUCAACAACUGAACAUAAUAAAAAGUUAAUUUUCUAAGUAGUCCUGUCUUUCUGAAAUGUUGCACAGGAGCUCAAAAUGUACAGAAGAAUCUUGUUAUGACAGUUUGCUAUUACCCGUAUUUAGUUAUACGUGGGGUAAUUCAAGAGCCCUAUUACUUAAAUCCUUACAGAGAAAGACUGGUAAGACUCAAGUAAUCUUUAAAGCAGAUGUGAUACUUGUUCACCAACCCCAGGACUGUGGAGGGGUUUCACUGUCUAUACCAUGAGACAUUCAUUUCCCCCUGAAUCUUCAAUGAAUAGAAAGCGUAUCAUGGUAAUAUUCCUGUUAGGUUUGAAAUUACAUGUAUGUCUGCAACACCAUGUGUUUUUAAUGCCAGCACCCUGAAUUUCCAACCGUUCAGUCAUUCACAUCAAAGGCACUUCUGCCAAGCUAUGGAUUUAACAUUUUCACCAGAGAAAUCCUCUCACAGGUGAUGCCAAGCAUGUCCGGGACUGGUUUUGAGGGGACCGGCACACUGCAGCCAUAGGUGUUCCUUUUCAGCAUCUAGUAGAUAAUUCCACUGGUGUCUGUCCCACCAAUGGUGUGUCCUGAAAAAAGAGAAUGUCCCCAACUUUCAAUCUCCUGGCUUGAAAGUAGAAACUAUCCCAUAGUUCUUACUUUAAAUUGCCACCUGAAAACUAGUUCAUUUUUUCUAGCCAUUUUAUAUAAGCAAAAUAGAACAAUUGGUAAAAUAUUUUGUUACUCGUAGAACUGACUCUGGCCCCCAUCUAAAGUGAACUAUUGGUCAGAGUAACAUUGACACAUGAGGCAAGGAGCUGCCCAGGUGAAUCAAACUUUCCCAGGACACUGGCUAGUGUGCCUUGGAUUGAUUACCUCUUCUACUGCAUUGAAAGGUGCCAUGUUUUCCCGAAAUACUCAAUUCCCAACACCUGGGUAAACACAGCCCUCCCAGAAAGCUGCUCUCUCGCCAGGGCUCUCCCUAGGCCAGCCCCGUAGACAUGUUUUGUCAUUCUUGUUUCAUAUCUUCUCCUUCACAAGUCAGUGAGUCUGUUCAAGGUAAGUACAGGAUUAUUCUAGUAGAAAUAGGCAAUCGCUGUCAUGAACAAUUCCCAUGUUGAUUUCAUUUCAUUGUAAAGAUCAAUUAAAACCCAAUUUUGCUUAAGCACAUUGAUGUAAUUUUUUGGUAUUAUUUGACAUGAAAAAAAAAACAGCAAAAUUGAGUGAUAGAUACAAUAUGAAACUUGUUGAUGAAUGAAUUCAAAUUUAUUAAAAAAGGACGAACUGACUUAAAUGUGAAGACUGAGUUUUUCCUUCCUUGUCUCUCUGUUGUUGAAAUGGUCAUUUUAAUUCCAGGUGCUUGUAUUGCACAUGCCCGUGUAAGUUAUGCUGAAGUAAAGAGAAAUAAGCUCAAUGCUGCAUGUGUGAUAUGCUGAAUGAUGAUUUUUUUUAAAUCAGAUUUAUUCUGAAUUUCAAAGGUAACUAGACUCACAGAAAUCCAGUUUGUUCCUGCCUUCCAAUGAGUGUUUUAAUGAGAGAAAGGCCAGGAAACCUACCUACCAGUCACCUCUGACACAGGUAAUGUUGGCCCAUAUGCUUUAGUUCUGUAGCACUUAAAGGCAAUGUCCUUUGUUUCUUCUACAGUGUGAAAUAACAAGCAAUGUCUGGCAAGGAAGGAG